UCUAAACAACGAAGUGUUGUUUCUCGGAGCAGCCCUUUCUCCCCCAGGUCUCUCCACCCCCACCCCCGCUCCCGCUCUUCGGCCGGGGGCGUGACGGACGCGCGUUUAACUCGCUCGGGGCCGGGCCCGGACCUGCAAGGCCGGUUCUCUGGGCGGGGUGGAAAUGCUACUCUGCCGAGCGCCCGGAGAGGCGCGCAGUUCGUACUCGGGGGUGGGAGCCGGCGGCCGCGCUACGACCGAGGGCUUUGCUCUCCCCUCGCAGUCGGGGGUUGCAGGCGCCCUUUUCGGUUCUGGAACGCUUGAACCCUAGAGUAUUGUGAAACUUUAUAGUCUUGGGUUACCUGCCAUCAGCUGCUGCCUCCCAGCCCACGAGAAGCGGCCUGCGCCUGGAGAGUGUCAUGAGGAUGUUAGGGAGGGCGGCCAGCGGCGACUAAGCGGUCUUUUAGCUUUUCCAACUCUCUGUUGCCCUGAGGCUCAAGAACACAUUGUAUCUACUGAUAAAAGUUUCUGAGGAACCACAGUCUCCCAUCAGAGUAAUCUUGUGUUUUGUUCUUUUGGAGGAAUUAAUUUGAUUUAAGGCAAACUUGGCGUUUCUUCGGGCCUUUAUUACAACAGCCUCCCAAAAAGCCAGGAAAGCACAGAUAAAUAUCCUUUUCUAAGGGCAGACUACUGGAAAUCACAACCAAAGAAAUUCUGUGAUUACUGCAAGUGCUGGAUAGCGGACAAUAGGCCUGUAUGAUAAUUCCAGUAGUGUUGAAUUUCAUGAAAGAGGAAAAAAUCAUAAGGAAAAUGUGGCAAAGAGAAUCAGUGAGAUUAAACAGAAAAGCCUGGAUAAGGCAAAGGAAGAAGAAAAGGCAUCAAAAGAGUUUGCUGCAAUGGAAGCAGCUGCCCUGAAAGCAUACCAAGAGGAUUUGAAAAGGCUUGGCUUAGAGUCAGAAGUUUCAGAACCUAGCAUUUCACCAGUGUCCAGCACCAUUCCACCCACCUCUUCAUCAAAUCAGCAGAAAGAAAAGAAGAAAAAGAAAAAAGACCCUUCAAAGGGCAGAUGGGUAGAAGGCAUAACUUCUGAGGGUUACCAUUACUAUUAUGAUCUUAUCACCGGAGCAUCUCAGUGGGAGAAACCCGAAGGAUUUCAAGGAAACCUAAAAAAGACAGCUGUGAAGUCUGUUUGGAUAGAAGGUUUAAGUGAAGAUGGUUAUACCUAUUAUUAUAAUAAAGAAACAGGAGAAUCCAAAUGGGAGAAACCUGAUGAUUUCAUUCCACACUUGGGCAAUCUGCUUUCUAGUAAAGUCAGUAAAAAGGCAGUUGGCACUGUAGCAGAGUCCAAAUCAACAGAUUCACAUAGGGAUUCUGAUGGAGAACAGGAAGCAGCAGGAGAGGCUCCUACUGAAACACAAAAGCCAAAAAUAAACUUUAAGAAAAAAAAUAAAAACAGUGAUGAAGGAACUGAACAAGAAUCACAGAAAGAAAAAAGUGUACCUUCAUCAGCUCCAAAUGAAGACAAAUCCAAAGCUUGUAAAAAGUCAAACCCUUAUGGAGAAUGGCAAGAAAUUAAACAAGAGAUUGAGUCACAUGAGGAGGUUGAUUUGGAACUCCCAAGCUCUGAAAAUGAAUACGUAUCAACUUCAGUAGGUGAUGUUGCUGGGCAACCAAAAGUGGUAUUUAAAGAAAAAACAGUCACUUCUCUUGGAGUUGUAGCAGAUGGAGUGGCCCCAGUCUUCAAAAAGAGAAGACUUGAGAAUGGAAAAUCUAGAAAUUUAAGGCAACGAGGUGAUGAUCAAUAAAAGAGCUUCUUGAAUAUGCUUUGUGGACAGAAUGGAGACUAGACAUCUUAAAGCUCCUCUGUGUUGGUUUCUGAGUACUUUGAUGCAAAAAAUUUAGAUUUAUUCUAAAUUGUAUUUUAUGUUGGUUAUAAUAAAUCUUUUUUCAUGUGAA